CGGUGUCAAACUGAUGUACACUUGCCUUUAACCUAUUCAUACCGUGUACUUGUCAAUACUCUUAGCGUUUUUCUGCCAAUUAAAGGAACGUCUUAACCAAUUGAAACUCUGCUGAGUAGCCUUCUGCCUCACCUAAAAAUUUCAAGAGGACUCUUCAGUCGACUUUAAAUUGAUUUACUUGAACUGUUCUUCUCUUUGGAAUACUGUACAUAGGAGGGGAAACAUUCGAAGACUUCAUUUGUAGAUUUGGACUUUUAUUCAAAGGAUUUCGUAGCCUAACAAUUCCUGAGCAGUCGGAUAACAGAGUUUGGUCGAUAUUGUACAUCUCUCCGAGCUCGUAAUGUUUGACACAUUUUCUCGACUGGCGGAAUGAGGAUGACAGGUCUCCGGCAGGUGUUCGCGCUGUGCGUCACGCUAACAUGGCUCCAGUUUACCUGCGCUCAAACCCAAGAAGUGAUAUGCUCCGGCACCCAGAACGCACUGAGCGUGACAGGAAGUUCACAGACGCAGUACACACUGAUGAAGGAUAUGUACAGUGGCUGUGAGAUUGUCAUGGGCAAUCUGGAGAUAACCAUGAUGGAACAUUGGAGGGAUUUCACUUUUCUACAGUCUAUCAGAGAAGUGACAGGCUACAUCCUUAUAGCCAUUAACCAGUUCAGUCGGCUGCCGCUGGACCAGCUCCGUAUCAUCAGAGGCACCACUCUGUUCGAGGAGCGCUUUGCUCUGGCUGUCCUCGUCAACUACCAGAAGGACGGCCAACACGGACUGGAGGAGCUGGGCCUCACACACCUCACAGAGAUCCUGGAGGGAGGGGUGCAGAUCAUUCAGAAUAAGUUCCUGAGCUACACCCCUCAGGUGAACUGGCUGGACAUAGUGAAGGAUGGAGCCUCUGAGGUCAUCAUUAACGAGAACGGCCCUGAACAGCCAUGUGAUGAGGCAUGCCCAGGUCCAUGUUGGGGGUCCAGGAAUGACACCUGCCAGAUCUUGACGAAGACAGUGUGUGCCCCUCAGUGUAAUGGCCGCUGCUUUGGGAGGAGUCCCAGUGAGUGCUGUCAUAUGGAGUGUGCAGGAGGCUGUACCGGACCCCUGGACACAGACUGCUUUGCCUGCCGCAACUUCAACAACUCAGGCUCCUGUGUGCCGCAGUGUCCCCAGACCCUCAUCUACAACAAGCACACCUUCAAACUGGAGCCCAACCCCAGCGCCAAGUACCAGUACGGCUCCAUUUGCGUGGCCCAGUGCCCCACUAAUUUUGUGGUGGACGGGAGCUCGUGUGUGAGCAGCUGCCCCCCUUAUAAGACGGAGGUGGAGAGGAAAGGAGUGAAGAGGUGUGAGCCCUGUGGAGGCCUCUGUCCCAAAGCUUGUCAAGGAACAGGCACAGCCUCUAGACAGACAGUGGACUCUCAGAACAUUGACAGUUUCAUCAACUGCACCAAGAUCCAGGGCAGCCUGCACUUUCUGGUCACCGGGAUCAAAGGUGAUCCCUACAACAACAUCACAGCUUUGGAUCCAGAGAAACUGAAGAUCUUCAGAACUGUGCGAGAGAUCACAGACAUUCUGAGUAUCCAGUCAUGGCCGGAAACUCUGACAGACCUGUCAGUGUUCUCCAACUUGACAACCAUACAAGGAAGAACCCUUUACAGAGGAGGGCGCUCUAAAAGGGGCUACUCCCUGCUGGUGAUGCGCAUCCCGUCCCUGACAUCUCUGGGGCUGCGCUCGCUGCGGAGGAUCAACGACGGCGGCGUCUACAUCACAGGUAACAAGAAGCUGUGCUACCACCACACCGUCAACUGGACACGCCUCUUCAGCAGCAGCUCCCGCCCACAGCGCCGCCAGAAGAACAUUGACGUCAAGGAGAAUCGUCUCCAGAGCCAGUGUGUUGAGGAGGGGCACAUGUGUGACCCACUGUGUUCGUUGGAGGGGUGUUGGGGUCCUGGUCCGGACCAGUGUAUGUCCUGUAAGAACUUCAACCGAGGAGGAACCUGUGUCCAUCAGUGCAGAUUUCUCACUGGGGAGGGGCGUGAGUUUGCAGGUCCAAAGGGCGAAUGUAUGCCCUGUCACUCAGAGUGUGAGGUCCAGGAGGGACGGUUCACCUGCACAGGACCGGGAGCUAAUAAGUGUGUGGUGUGUGCCAGUCUGAGGGACGGUCCCCACUGUGUGUCCUCAUGCCCUGAGGGAGUGAUGGGGGAGAAGGGUCUCAUCUUUAAGUACCCCAACCAGCAGAGACGCUGUGAGCCCUGCCACCUCAACUGCACCCAGGGUUGCUCAGGGCCAGGCAUUGGGGACUGUUUGGACUCGUCCAGAUUAACCACUAGCCAACCCAUUAUAGGCAUUGUUCUGGGAGUUUUGGCAGCGGUGAUAGUGGGCAUCUCUAUCUUUGUGAUGAGUGUUCUGUACCGCAGAGGUCUUGCCAUCCGGCGCAAGAGAGCCAUGAGGAGAUACCUGGCGAGUGGAGAGAGUUUAGAGCCCUUGGACCCUGGUGAGAAGGGGGUCAAAGUUCAUGCGAGGAUCCUGAAGGUCAGAGAGCUCCGUAAGAUCAAGCUGCUGGGCACCGGGGUGUUUGGCUCCAUCCACAAGGGCAUUUGGAUUCCUGAGGGAGACUCAGUGAAGAUCCCCGUGGCCAUAAAGACUAUUCAUGAUCGAACAGGGCGGCAGACCUUCCAUGAGAUCACAGACCACAUGUUGGCGAUGGGUAGCUUGGACCACCAGUACAUAGUCAGGCUCUUAGGCGUCUGUCCAGGUGCAAGUCUCCAGCUGGUUACCCAGCUCAGCACUCAGGGGUCCUUACUGGAGCACAUCAGGCACUACAGGGAUAGCCUGGACCCACAGAGGCUGCUCAACUGGUGUGUGCAGAUUGCCAAGGGUAUGUACUAUUUGGAGGAACACAGGAUGGUCCACAGAAACCUGGCAGCCAGGAAUGUUCUCUUGAAAAGUGACUACAUGGUCCAGAUCUCUGACUAUGGCAUCGCAGACCUGCUAUACCCUGAUGACAAGAAGUACUUCUACAAUGAGGUCAAGACGCCUAUCAAAUGGAUGGCUCUGGAGAGCAUCUUGUUCCGCAGAUACACACAUCAAAGUGAUGUCUGGAGCUAUGGAGUGACAGUGUGGGAGAUGAUGUCAUACGGGGCGGAGCCCUACUCAACGAUGCGUCCACAGGAAGUGCCUGACCUGCUGGAGAAGGGCGAGCGUCUCUCCCAGCCACACAUCUGUACCAUAGAUGUUUACAUGGUCAUGGUCAAAUGCUGGAUGAUUGACGAGAAUGUCCGUCCCACCUUCAAGGAACUGGCCAAUGAGUUUACCAGAAUGGCCAGGGACCCGCCUCGGUACCUUGUGAUCAAGGGGGACUGCAGCCCGUCUGACUCUCCCUCAGACGAUUCUCACCACCGAGUUACAGAGCUGGAUCACAUGGAGGCGGGGCUGGAGGACCAGGAUGAGGAGAGGCUAGGGGACGGCAUGGCCACACCUCCUCUCUAUCUGUCACAGGCCAGGAGUCUUUCUCGACUCUCACGAAUGGAAAGCCACAGGGGUGCUCACAGCAGUCAGGCUGGAUACCUGCCCAUGACCCCAGGACUGGAUAACUCUCAGAUGGUGUGGUCCCCAGCAUCUCGCUCUCGCCUCAACUCCGCCCGCACUGUGUCAGAGAGCUCCGAGGGGCGGGGCACGUUGGUGGAGCUGGAGAUGAGCGAGGACUUGGCUGGCAGCCUGCAGAGGAAGCGGCAUCGGGAGGACAGUGCCUACAUGUCCCAGAGGGACAGCAUGUCAGGGGUGCUGUCUGAGACCCCCUCCCCUGACACAGAGGGGGAGGAGGACCAAAACGGAUACGUGCUCCCCGGACUGGGUGACAGUCCAGAGAGAGAUACGCUACUGUCUAGCUCACGGGUCACCCUUCCUCACGGGAGGACGUCCAAGGUUCCCUCAUACCCGUCAGGACCCUCGGAGGACAAUGACAGUUCCUGUGAAGAAUAUGAGUACAUGAACAAACAGGCGUUCAUGAUGACUCUCUCCCCCAGGCAGCAGCCUGGCCACUCCAAAGAUGGCCAUUGGUUGAAGAUGAACAAGAGGCAACGCUCUUCUCUGCCAUCCCUGGACACAGAGUAUACAGAGUGCACGGGGCACAGGACAUCAGCUGGGGAGAACAGGGGAGGCCAAACCAAGAAUGAAGAACACCAGGACUAUGAAUUCCCUGCCCUCAACUCUGAUUCAGACAAAAUGGAGGAAAGGGGCUCUGGUGACGUUGAAUAUGAGUACAUGGACAUUCGAAGUGUUGGACCAGAGGCCAGUGAAAGACCAGACGAUCCCCCAACACGAGUUGUCCCUCAUCCUGGAGCUAUGCCCAAACAGCGGAUGAGAGACGAGAGAGAGGUGGAGGAAAAGGACGAUGAAUACGUAGAAGAGGACGACUAUCAUUACACUAACAGGCAACCCAAGCUGCGGCAGGCUCUGCGAAGCAGGAAGGGGCUGAGGAUGCAGAGAGGAGGAGAGGGAGAGGUGGAUGAGUACGAGGACAUGGAUUCCCUGGCUGUCCCUGGAGUUGGGGACCCAGUGGAGUAUGAGAAUUUGCAGGGAGAAGGUGAGGGUGUAGUGGGGGGCAUGGGGGGUCAGCACACAGGGAUGGGGGCAUUUGUAAAAGUGCGUGCAGGGGUAGGGGUGGGGGAGUCUGGUGGCGGAGAUCGCUCAUUUGACAAUCCAGACUACUGGCAGAGCAGGUUGUUCCUGAAACCUAACGCUGUGAGCACGUAGGGAAGUGGACCUCCUUCAUCAAACCUGAAGGGGAUAGCUGCCUCUGUAGCUUUUCCAUGUCCAUUGAAUUCAAUGAAGGACCAGGAGAGGGGAGAAACCAAUCCAGAGCCAUCCAAAUAUCAAAAAUAUUUAAGACAUAUCUCUGUGUGCCAUUUUUGUAUUUUAAAGAGCAACUGACACUAAAAAGCUACUUCUUGUUUUAAAAAUGUUCUAUGUGGCAUCAAUGAGUCAGAAACAUUAAUUCUAGUGUCAAAACAAAGUGUAAAUCAUAAAGUCAGUCUCGUUCAGAACAGAGAUUUGCGAGAUGAUAGGAAAACAUUUUAUGUCACGGAAUAAACGGUACCGUAAUAGUUUUCCUGGGUUUGGGUUUAUUUCAAUCCUGCCCACCAAGCAGUCAUCAAUUUGGAGGUUGUAAUGCCCGUAGUCAAUUUGAUUUGACAUUCGAUACCCAUGGGGCUAGAUAGCUAUGGGGCUAGAUAGCUAUGGGGCUAGAUAGCCAUGGGGCUAGAUAGCUAUGGGGCUAGAUACCCAUGGGGCUAGAUACCCAUGGGGCUAGAUAGCUAUGGGGCUAGAUGGACCAUCAGUAAAUGGUACAUGGGACAAUAUUUUUUAAAUAUCAAUAGCUCCAAAUUUAAAUGACUUAAAAACCUAAUACAAACUAUAAAUUGUAGAAAUUCAUAAACAAAUAUUGAAAGCAUUUAAUGAGACAAUUAAAAGAUGUGCAACAUGAAAAAUCUACUUUGCCACGGUCACAUACUAGCCUGCAGAAGCUAACUGGCAAAACACAAUUGGCUAGCACUACCUAUCUUAGGCAACUUUAAGACACAAGACCUGGUUUCAAGAUAUCUAGAAGGGUGAGUUACUGUAACUGUGCACUGUUUUGGUAGAGUGAAUGUACAAAAGCUUGCCACAUAUGAACACACACACGAGACACCCACAUUAAACCACCUUACAAGACAACUCUUGUUUGGCUUCAGUCAUGGCUGCUGCAUUUCUUAAUGACCAAGCCGAAAAAGAAGCCAAAUCAGGAAGUUCAGCCAUUAAUGUGUCUGUUACAGGUUUACAUUGAUCAUGUUUUUUAGCCAUAAUAACAGGCUUUGGGAUGUUUUUCUUUUCUUUCAAAUAUGAUACUGUAUUAUAAGUGUAAGGCACUGUGAGUGUGUGAAGCACUAAUAGAAAUGGCCCGAUUAUAAGCUUUGUAUAUGUUUUUACUUAUAAGAACAAAAAAUGGUUUUGUACAAUGUUAUUUUUCUAUGGUAUUUUAAUGUUUUGAAAAUGUUAAUGUAACAUUUUAAGUGAUAUUAUUGAGUAUUUUCCACAUAAUAAAACUCUUUGAAGAAUG